CAAAGAAGAGUUCAGAGGGAGUUGUGGAGUUGGCAGCAGCUUUACAGAGGAACUACGCUGAGGGCCUGGGGACAGAACGCGGGUAGCACAGGGCGCAAGGUUCAACGUCCUUGCUCUGGGAUUCAAGUCACUUGGCUUCCCGAAGCCCCUGCCUUCAUUUGGUGAUAAUCACAGAGCUUCCUUCACAGGGGGAAGAACGAACAACGCAGAGACCGUGGGAAAGAGCCCAGCCUAUCGAAGGUGCUCAAUGAACAGGAGCCGUGCCAUCGUCCAGAGAGGACGCGUGCAGCCGCCUCCAGCACCUCUUGACACGACGAACCUGGCCGGCCGCAGAACGCUCCAGGGCCGAGCGAAGAUGGCCUCGGUGCCGGUGUAUUGCCUCUGCCGGCUGCCUUACGAUGUGACCCGCUUCAUGAUCGAGUGUGACAUGUGCCAGGACUGGUUUCAUGGCAGUUGUGUUGGUGUUGAAGAGGAGAAGGCUGCUGACAUUGACCUCUACCACUGCCCCAACUGUGAAGUCUUGCAUGGGCCCUCCAUUAUGAAAAAACGCCGCGGAUCUUCAAAGGGGCAUGAUACACACAAGGGGAAACCAGUGAAGACCGGGAGCCCUACGUUCAUCAGAGAGCUCCGGAGUAGGACUUUUGACAGCUCAGAUGAAGUGAUUCUGAAGCCCACUGGAAAUCAACUGACUGUGGAAUUCCUGGAAGAAAAUAGCUUCAGUGUGCCCAUCCUGGUCCUGAAGAAGGAUGGGUUGGGCAUGACGCUGCCCUCGCCAUCGUUCACUGUGAGGGAUGUUGAACACUAUGUUGGUUCUGACAAAGAGAUUGAUGUGAUUGAUGUGACCCGCCAGGCUGACUGCAAGAUGAAGCUUGGUGAUUUUGUGAAAUAUUAUUACAGCGGGAAGAGGGAGAAAGUCCUCAAUGUUAUUAGUUUGGAAUUCUCUGAUACCAGACUUUCUAACCUUGUGGAGACACCGAAGAUUGUUCGAAAGCUGUCAUGGGUCGAAAACUUGUGGCCAGAGGAAUGUGUCUUUGAGAGACCCAAUGUACAGAAGUACUGCCUCAUGAGUGUGCGAGAUAGCUAUACAGACUUUCACAUUGACUUUGGUGGCACCUCUGUCUGGUACCAUGUACUCAAGGGUGAAAAGAUCUUCUACCUGAUCCGCCCAACAAAUGCCAAUCUGACUCUCUUUGAGUGCUGGAGCAGUUCCUCUAAUCAGAAUGAGAUGUUCUUUGGGGACCAGGUGGACAAGUGCUACAAGUGUUCCGUGAAGCAAGGACAGACACUUUUCAUUCCCACAGGGUGGAUCCAUGCUGUGCUGACGCCUGUGGACUGCCUUGCCUUUGGAGGGAACUUCUUACACAGCCUUAACAUCGAGAUGCAGCUCAAAGCCUAUGAGAUUGAGAAGCGGCUGAGCACAGCAGACCUCUUCAGAUUCCCCAACUUUGAGACCAUCUGUUGGUAUGUGGGAAAGCACAUCCUGGACAUCUUUCGCGGUUUGCGAGAGAACAGGAGACACCCUGCCUCCUACCUGGUCCAUGGUGGCAAAGCCUUGAACUUGGCCUUUAGAGCCUGGACAAGGAAAGAAGCUCUGCCAGACCAUGAGGAUGAGAUCCCGGAGACAGUGCGAACCGUACAGCUCAUUAAAGAUCUGGCCAGGGAGAUCCGCCUGGUGGAAGACAUCUUCCAACAGAACGUUGGGAAGACGAGCAAUAUCUUUGGGCUGCAGAGGAUCUUCCCAGCCGGCUCCAUUCCCCUAACCAGGCCAGCCCAUUCCACUUCAAUGUCCAUGUCCAGGCUGUCACUGCCCUCCAAAAAUGGUUCAAAGAAGAAAGGCCUGAAGCCCAAGGAACUCUUCAAGAAGGCAGAGCGAAAGGGCAAGGAGAGUUCAGCCUUGGGGCCUGCUGGCCAGUUGAGCUAUAAUCUCAUGGACAGAUACAAUCAUCAGGCACUGAAGACAGGCUCUUUCCAGAAAGCAAAGUUCAACAUCACUGGUGCCUGCUUGAAUGACUCAGAUGAUGACUCACCAGACUUGGACCUUGAUGGAAAUGAGAGCCCAUUGGCCCUGUUGAUGUCUAACGGCAGUACGAAAAGGGUGAAGAGUUUAUCCAAAUCUCGGCGAACCAAGAUAGCAAAGAAGGUAGACAAGGCUAGGCUGAUGGCAGAACAGGUGAUGGAAGACAAAUUUGACUUGGAUUCAGAUGAUGAGCUGCAGAUUGACGAGAGAUUGGGAAAGGAGAAGGCGACCCUGAUAAUAAGACCAAAAUUUCCCCGGAAAUUGCCCCGUGCGAAGCCUUGCUCUGACCCCAACCGAGUUCGUGAACCAGGAGAAGUUGAGUUUGACAUUGAGGAGGAUUAUACAACAGAUGAGGACAUGGUGGAAGGGGUUGAAGGCAAGCUUGGGAAUGGUAGUGGCGCUGGUGGCAUUCUUGAUCUGCUCAAGGCCAGCAGGCAGGUGGGGGGACCUGACUAUGCUGCCCUCACCGAGGCCCCAGCUUCUCCCAGCACUCAGGAGGCUAUCCAGGGCAUGCUGUGCAUGGCCAACCUGCAGUCCUCAUCGUCCUCACCGGCUACCUCUAGCCUGCAGGCCUGGUGGACCGGGGGACAGGAUCGAAGCAGUGGGAGCUCCAGCAGUGGGCUGGGCACAGUGUCUAACAGUCCUGCUUCCCAGCGCACCCCAGGGAAGCGGCCCAUCAAGCGGCCAGCAUACUGGAGAACCGAGAGUGAGGAGGAGGAGGAGAACGCCAGUCUGGAUGAACAGGACAGCUUGGGAGCGUGCUUCAAGGAUGCAGAGUAUAUCUAUCCUUCUCUGGAGUCUGAUGAUGAUGACCCUGCUUUGAAAUCUCGACCCAAGAAAAAGAAGAAUUCAGAUGAUGCUCCAUGGAGUCCUAAAGCCCGUGUGACCCCAACUCUGCCGAAGCAGGACCGUCCUGUGCGUGAGGGGACCCGGGUAGCCUCUAUUGAGACAGGUUUGGCUGCAGCAGCUGCAAAGCUGGCCCAGCAGGAGCUACAGAAGGCCCAAAAGAAGAAAUAUAUCAAGAAGAAGCCUUUGCUGAAGGAGGUAGAACAGCCUCGCUCUCAAGACUCCAAUCUCAGUCUGACAGUACCAGUCCCCACUGUGGCUGCCACACCACAGCUUGUCACCUCCUCCUCACCCCUGCCACCUCCUGAGCCUAAACAAGAGGCCCUGUCAGGAAGUCUCGCUGACCAUGAGUACACCGCUCGUCCCAAUGCCUUUGGCAUGGCCCAGGCAAACCGCAGCACCACACCUAUGGCCCCCGGUGUCUUCUUGACCCAGCGGCGCCCUUCAGUUGGCUCCCAGAGCAAUCAGGCAGGACAAGGAAAGCGUCCCAAAAAGGGCCUGGCCACAGCAAAGCAGAGACUCGGCCGUAUCCUGAAAAUCCACAGAAAUGGCAAACUACUUCUGUGAGCCCUCCUGUGUCCCACCCCUCACCCCUUUACCCCCAUUGCCUUCUCCGUUGUCAACUCUUGGGGCACUCCUGGAUCCUAUCUGCCCUGGACAAGGUGCUGAGGUGCAUUGUCCUGCUUUCUUGGGACUUACCAAAGGCACGGACCCCUCCACCGACUCCUUCUAGUUCCCUUCCCCACUUUGACUAGAGCAUCCUGCCUGCCUUCUCCAUACCUCUGAGUAGCAGGUAAAUGGGAGAGGUUUCCAGCUGACUAGAACCCUCUUUUCUACUCGUCCAAACCACUCCCCUGUCACCUGCCUUGUCUGUUCUUUACUCUUCAUGCCCCGCUAGAGCUGGAAGGCAGGAUGAGGAGAGGUAUGAAGGAGCCUGAGCCAUGAAGUGGGAAGCCCAGUGCUUGACACUUUCUGCAACUCUAGCCCUAUAUCCAGAAGCCUGCCCACCUCCACCCAUUCUGUUUGCCCCGUUUCCCCAGUCCAGUGAACAUGCCCCACCUCCAGACUUGCUCAUGGGAGAAGGCUGUGGUCUCUGCCCCCUCUUGCCAAAUGCUUCAUGGAAAUGAAGAGGAAGGCCUAGAGCCUCCUUCCUGCCCCACUGUGGGCCAUUUCCAGAAGUGGCCUAGAAAUGCCAACUUCACUUACCUUUUGGAAGAAAGGUGAUUCCUAUCACUUGUCAAGGUAGGGAGAGGUCAGAUGCCCAAGCCUUUGACCAUGGCUUUGUAGCCUGUUGGAGGAAGCUACUUUUAGCUGGCUACACAUGAGGCCACUUGUUUUAGGGUGAGCUCCAGGGAUUUGCCUGGAUUUUGAAAUCAUGUAGAACAUUAUCCACGUGGCUGUGGCUGUGGCUGUGGCUGGGCCCUGGCAGGUGGAAAACCAUCUCCCAGAAACCUGAAAGCACCUGCCAAUGACGCAGAUAACCCUGGCCCUACAGCCUGCUUGCUCCGCCUAUACCACAGAGCACAGCCUGGACAUUAUGGAGGGUGUGGCGGGACGGCCCACACCUGGGUCCUCCAUCGGGAACUUUUCAUGCUUCUUUCUCCACCUGAGGUCUUGGUCUGAAGAAGACCUCAGGACUCACAUCUUCACUCCUGGGCCUUUGCACUUCCAGACGACAGGUCAUCGUUCAAGCAGAAUGCAGACAGGCCAUUCACGAGCCCAAGCUGAAGAGAAGAGACGCCCAUCCGUGAAGGAGCAGACCAUCCAUCCGAUCCUCCCUUCCCCUGUCCUUCGUGGAUUGUCUCCAUUGUCCAGACAGUGCCCCCACCUCCCACCACCUUGCCUCACUGGCAAUCUGGACUCGAUGGAGAACAUCCCCCCACCUCCAUUUGGCACUGCCCAAGUGGAGUGUACCCUUGCCCUUUCCACCUGUACCACCCACUCCAACCUCACCCCAGCUUGCCCAAUGCUUCUGGGGAAUUUAACAGCUACGAUGCAGGCCACAGGGAAUUUGUGAGGCUUCCUUCGUCAUCUUUGUAUCUCCAGUUUGUCUUUCUUUUCUCCAUAGCCCUGCCUCUACUUUCCUUCCUUGGAAUCAGGGGUUCCUUUAGCCCAUUUGCUUUCUCUACCUUGGGGACCCCCAGGGGCCAAGCAGUUCUCCAUCUAGUCACACCAAAGGCAAAAAGCCUGGCUACCUCCCCCCUAGCACGUGAGUCCCUACUCCCCUCCCCUCUGUUUCUGCCCAGCUUUGCUUAUUUUGGGGAUUUCAAGGCAGCAGAGGGUAGUGAGGGGAGGGCAGGAGAAGCCUCUGUCCCUGUAUAGGCAACUGCCUGACUAUGCGGUGACUGCUGUAACCAAGAUCAGGUCCCCAGCCCUUUUGUCCAUUAACACCCCCCUCUUGAUCUUUCAAAGGCAGCUAAUUGCUAGCAAAUCCCCCCGAUUCCGGCCUUCUCCCUCUGUUUCUUUGUUAGAAGUUUUCUGUGGAGCUGAAACCCAGCCUCUGUUUGACUGGGUUUCGUUUAGCUUAGCUGGGUUCUUGGAGCCCCGUUUGUUGUUUUGUGUUGUUUCCAAUGAAAAGCAAGUUUACCCUCAGAGUUAUGCUUUUCCAAAGAGGCUGAUGUCUUUGUUUUUGUUUUUUUUUAAUGUUUCAGGUUCUAAGUGAAGUGAGUUGGGGAGGGGUUGGGAGUGUUAGUAAUCAAGGUUUAGAACACCGUGAGAUAGUUACCCCUGAUCUCCAAUCCCUAGCUGGGGGCUGGAUAGGGGGAAGGGAGAGAGGAUUUCUAUUCACCUUUAAUAUAUUUUUACAAAAAAAGCAAACAAUUUAAAAACAAGCCCACCGCUUCUGUACAUGUCUAAAUAUAUUUUUAGAAGUGGGUAGGAUUGUGAAUUUCUGAUGCAGGGCCUUUUUAUAAAUAGGUUAGAGUAGCAUCAUUCAGACUUCUCUGUUGUUUUUGCCCCUGUCUUUUUCUUAUGUUGUGUUACUAAUGUAAUUUAUAUUUUUUUUAGAUCCUCCCUUUCCUAUAGAGAUAAAAGUGAUUUAUCUUGGCAA